UAUCAUUUAUGAUGAAAUUUUAGACUCGUGUCCAAUGUUUACAAAUUGAAUACUUGUUCAAAAUGACCACCGAAAAUGGUAACAAAGAAAAUGAUGCCUGUAAAAGCACUAGCAAAAAUCUUACGCCUAAAGAACGUUUGGAAAUGUUUCAAUCGUCUAUAAACAAACUAGAACAUGAAAGCGAAAUCAAAAAUGUUCGUCAAUUACUUCAUGAACGAUAUUUGCAAAGCAGAACUCAAUGUCAAAACAACAAUCAAUCGACAACCGAUACUGCAGCAGGUAAACGUUCCAAAGAAUCCCAAGAUGUUAAAACAACUGAUGGUAAAGUCAAAAUGGGUCGGCAAAUGGCUCGGGUUUUUCGAUUCGGAACUAACAACAAUCAACUAAGAAAUCGACGAAAUCCACGGCAGCUACAAGCUCGAGAACAUGAAGUCGAUCCUUUAUUGAAUGAUCCGAAUAUUCUUUUUGAGAAUUUCGCUUUCGACAAUGAUGAUGAGGCCGAAUUUAUCGAUCAUGAUGAACACAGGCCAGAUUUACCAUUCUUUCCUGAACAAACCCAUAAUGAAGAUGAUGAUGAUGACAGUGAAGAUUCAUUUCGAUCACUCAUUUUAAGUGCAUUCCGUCAAUUAACUUGGCGUCGUUGGUCAUUCUGGAUCAUCUGUCUGAUAUUGUAUGCAUAUGGCCAGUUGCAAGCUAAUCGUUAUGGAUUCGGUGCACCAUUCCUUAUUGUCGCAUUGCUGCUAUUUAUUAUAAUCAAUUUACGCCGAAAAGCUCCUGGUGAAUUGAGUGCAUAUUCGGUUUUCAAUCCAAACUGUCGCCCUAUUCCAACAGUCGUUUCGCAAGAACAGCCUAGAGAACAAAUCCUUCUCGGAUUUGGACCAUUAUGACGAAUGUGAUAUUAGUGCAAUCGAAUUAAUAAAUUUUUACAACUCAUGACAAUUUUUAUCAUACAAGUUACAGUCAGCCAGUACAUUAAAUCAGAUAGGCUUUGUUUAUUUUAAUAAUUUUAAUGAUUCGAUUGUGGCUAACAAUUCAUUGUAUGGCUUUAACGAAUAAAUAUCCACGGCCAGCUUUUCUGUCAA